CCAGCAUUCACUUACUAUCCCUGCUUUUGCCUAAUUCCACUUGUCUGCUUCCGGUCUGAUAUCACCGCUUGCUUGCCUUGUCCCCGCUUUCCCCUCAUUUUCCUUCCGGAGCUUCACGUCAUCUCCAGAUCUGGAGCUAAGGUGGUGAGACGCGGACUAACUUUUCCCGUCACAAUUCACCCCAACCACCUCAAUCCUCGGGGCAACAGAGCUUUGACUUUGCGGGUGUAGCUUGACUAGCCACUCACAGACUUGGCAUCUGUCCCCCUGACAGAUUGACGCGGCUUGCCGUUCCCAAUUCCUGGGACUAAGCGGCAUAUUCCUCCCAGUUCCUGCGUGCUUGGCCUCCCCGCCUCCUCGGCCGGCGGUCAGGUGCACCGCCAUGAGGUAGAGGAGCCCCAAUGUGGAGAAGUUAAAUAAGGACGAUGGGACCAUCCUCCACAACCCGCCAGGGACUUCCCCAGCUGCUCGGUUGUUUCCGUUCUACCCUCUGCCCUUCCCGCGUCACUCCACGGAUCUUGCUCGUGUACUGUCUCCUGUGCCUUGCGGUAACCACGCUUCUCGGAAUCAGAAUGCAUUUCAAGGGCUACCUGUCCGCCGCCCUCUAUGGGUUGCCCAUUCUGUCUCAAGCUGCAGUAGCAGCAACGACGGACCCAUUCAAGGCUUACACCAUCAGCGCAGAGAACAUCACUGCAACCUUGAUUCCGUACGGCGCACGCUUGACGUCCCUCAAGGUCCCAGACCGCGAUGGAAACUUCCAGGAUGUGGUGGUGGGCUACGACGACCCGAAGCGCUACCUCCAAGACACGGAGACCAACCGCACUUUCUUCGGGGCGGUCGUCGGCCGGUACGCCAACCGCAUCAAGAACGGGACCUUCACAAUUGGCACCGAGGAGUACCAUAUCCCCGAGAACGAGAACGGUGGCGAAGACACUCUCCACGGCGGCCCACUGGGUUACGAUGGCCGCAACUGGACCGUCACCGCGUACUCCAACUCUUCCAUCACUUUCACCCUGGUCGAUCGUGCUUUCGAGAACUUCCCUGGGGAUGUGAUCACUCAUGCCACAUUCAGCGUCCAAACCGAGGCCACCACCGAGAACCCCAAGGGCCUGCCCCAGUUGACGACCAAGCUGGUCGCACUGGCUCUGACGGAGACCACCCCCAUUAUGCUUGCCAACCACAUCUACUGGAACCUGAACGCGUUCAAGAAUGAGACCAUUCUCGAAGACACCUGGCUGCAACUGCCUCUGUCCAGGCGCCUCAUCGGCACUGACGGCAUCCUCAUCCCCGACGGCAGCAUCCUCGACGUCAGCACCGCCUACAACGGCUCCGCGGACUUCACCGCCGGCAAGCUGGUCGGCCAGGACAUCGAGGAGGCCUACCACCUCUGCGGCUCGAACUGCACCGGCUACGAUAACUGCUUCAUCGUCGACCGGCCGCCGCAGUACGCCGCCGCCUCCUCCGUUGUGCCCAUCGUUCGCCUCAACUCCAGCACCACCGGCAUCAGCCUCGAGGUCGCCACCAACCAGCAGGCCCUGCAGAUCUACUCCUGCAACGGCCAGAACGGCACCAUCCCCAUCAAGGACUCCCAGAUCAAGACCAACGAGGCGGAGGGCAUCAGUGGCGCCGAGUACGUCAACAAGUACGGCUGCCUGGUGAUCGAGACCGAGGGCUGGAUCGAUGGCAUCAACAACCCGCAAUGGGGUCAGCUGCCGGAUCAGAUCUACUCGCCCGAGACCGGUCCGUCCGUCAACUACGCCACCUACCGCUUCGGCACGGUUUAGGGCGGUGGCUGCUACUAAAAAAAAGGCUCUCCUUUUUGCUUUGAGCGUCGGAUCUCAUUAGCGACUUCACAAAGAUCUGUUUCGCGGGAAUUUUAACAUGACCUCGUGCGAGAUCCUUGGUUUCUUUCUUGCACCUCCUCUGGUUCUCAAAGUUCCUUCUGAUGUAGACAUCUCGCCUGCAACCAUGUACAUACAUCCAUGAUCUAAUUAAGAGCCACUACUCCGGCACUUUGGGGUAGGUUGCAAUAAUUAGGUACUCCGACCAUCUGACUCUCCAGAUUUACUCUCUUGGUGCGAAAAGAGGAACACCUUGAAUCCAACCUUGGAAAUCU